AGGAAAAAGCAUAAAAGUACGUCGCCGGCGGUGGUCGUGCUCGCGAAUAUCCGGCGUGAGACUCGAAUAGCUGCGCUCUUCCCGCACGAGCGUUUCCUCCCCUUCCCGCCUUCACUCGCUCCAUAUCCACGAGAACGCGCGCACGUCCGUGCGCACGUGACUAUAUACGUGCUCGCAUGUAUCCGUUAUGUAUACAUACGUGCUUGGUGCGAGAGGCGAGAGGACUCGAUCCCUCCGGGGAGUUACACGAGAAAGAACGGACGACAUGCGGAUGGAGAGAGGGAGAGAGAGAGAGAGAGAAGUGCAACGAGGAAUAUACGAAGUAGGGAAGAAGAAGGUAGAGAGAACGACGUGACACAGCUCGAGGGUUGAGGAAGAGGGUAUGAGGGAGAGAGGGGAGGGGGACACUCCGGAGGAAGAGGGACACUGGGACGCUCGUAACGAGUCUCUCCUGGUCCCUCGUCGCAAUGAGGCUCUCGGACGACCGGAUCGCCAUGGGACGAAGGCUCGCCGUGUGCCAACGAAGGAUCAGCGGAAAGCCUCGCUAACGCGGCGGGAUAAAGGCGAGAGUUCCUGGCGAGAGCGGCCGCCCGCUGAAACGAACGAAAAACAGGCGGUAUCCAUCAUUCCCAGCCAGCCAGCCAGCCUGCCUGCCUGGGCGACGGCCACUUUGACGACGACGACGACGACGGCGACGACGACGACGACGACGACAGCGGCGACGACGAUGUCAAGAAAGAAGAAGAGGGAGGAGGAGAAUCUAAAGGAGGAAAAAGCGAUGGCAGUACCGAGAUGAGCGCGAAGGCGUGGCGGAAAUCACGUCGACGGCUUCAUACGACAGGCGUCUUCGAGAGAAAGAGAGACGUUAACCCGCCGUUAAAGGCCAUCGUCCCGUUUUUAGACACGGAGGAUCGCUAACCGCAGUUAGUGAACUCGGUAACCGACCCUAAAAUUAUCCCCGUAAUUACGC